AUCUGUGGCAUCAUCGUGCAUUGUCUGUAGGGAAAUAUUCGGGGUUUGGCUGUUAUCGACCCAACAGUCUGUAGUCAACGGCUGCCACAGGACAACUGACUUCCUGCGAUCGGCACUGGGCGACGCAAUCGACUGGGAGACUCGCUACCGCGUGUACAAAAGUAUACAAUAGAUCCUCUCUGUUCUCCAGAUGAAUUUCCCUAGCGGAUACUCUCCAGAGCCUUUUGCACCUGGUGACAUUGUCGGCAUACUGAGAAACGAUAACCUCUCCAGACCGUUUCUCUCGAUUCUCCUGCUGCUAUUCUUCUAUCUGCUCACCGAUACUCGCUGGCUUCUCUCUCGGGUUCCCCAAAUAUCUCAACCACGGGCCAGGCGGCGCUGGAAUUGGCUGGCUCCCUUUCCCGCCGCCUCGGACCAGAAUUCACCUUUGCUCUCUCCGUAUGUCUGCCUGUCGACUGUCUACCGACAGCAUCCACAGUAUCUGCCGACUCUAUCGUCCGAGAAAUCCUUUCUCUAACCUCUCCGAAGACAGGAAGGAAAUCAUAGAGGAGGAAUUGAACCGGUCUCUCCCUUCCACCCCCCUUUGGCCGCAUUCUGCCCCGCACCCACCGACGUCGUUUCUCCCUCUCCCUGCCUGGUUUCCGAUCGAACA